AUGUUCAGCGCAGAAAGAGGCAAAGGGGCCCACCUUAACGGAGUGCCCAUAAAGAGCUCGGGGUGUACAGACAUUGGAGCGGCUCUUGCCUGUGUCUCUUUCGGCGUCUCCACGCUGCGGCAGCUAGAAAUAACAACAGACGAAACACGUCGGGCCUACCUCAAAAGAUUUCAAGAAUGCGUACUGAGCAAUGUGGGUUAUUUGACACUCAACUGUCUAGACAUUCGACACAUCGGCAGCACAGCAAUGGAGCUGUGUUAUCUCGCUGCGGGCCGGCUGGACUGCUUAGUCACCUUUGGACCUAAGGAAUGGGAUCUUGCUGCUGGCUGUCUUAUCUUGGAAGAGGCCGGCGCCGUCUGCAGCGUCCUGCGAGGCAACCAGCCCGUGAGCAGCAGCAGCAGCAGCAGCAGCAGCAGCAGCAGCAACACCUGCAGCAGCAGCACCUGCAGCCGCACCUGCAGCAGCAGCAGCCGCACCUGCAGCAGCAGCAGCCGCACCUGCAGCAGCAGCAGCAGCAGCCGCAGCAGCCUCGCAUGCCAAGUAGAGGGCCACGAGACUAUCUAUUUGCUGCUGAAGUUUUCUUUUUUAAUAAUUAAUUAUUUUCUUUUUGCUUCAUUUGCUUCUUGCUGCAGCUGGACUUGUCAAAACAUGAAGUAUUGGCUGCAGCAACACCGCAGCUGCUUUCAGUUUGUCUCAAACACCUCAAGUCGCCAUAGUUGUCAGAGGCCCCCAGGGGCCCCCUAG